CAAAAUUUUUGUAGCGCGAGGAUCAGUCGAAAAUCGUUGUCAAUCGAAGCUAUAACUAAAAUUAAGAAAUUUUUCUCUUCCGAAAAUAUUAUUACGAACGAAAAAUAAUAAACAUAAUAAGUAUAAUAGUAAUUGUACUUAAGCAUAGAUCAUUUCAAUAGCGAAACCAAAAACACACAUAAAAUAUAUAAAAUGCCUUCCUUCCAACCGAUCGAGGCUCCCAAGUGUCCGCGCUGCGGCAAGAGCGUCUAUGCCGCUGAGGAGCGUCUGGCUGGCGGCUAUGUAUUCCACAAGAACUGCUUCAAGUGCGGUAUGUGCAACAAAUCGCUGGACUCCACCAACUGCACAGAGCACGAGCGCGAACUGUACUGCAAGACUUGCCACGGCAGAAAAUUCGGACCCAAGGGCUAUGGCUUCGGCACCGGUGCCGGCACUCUCUCCAUGGACAAUGGAUCACAGUUCCUGCGCGAAAACGGUGAUGUGCCUUCGGUGAGGAAUGGCGCCCGCUUGGAGCCCCGUGCCAUUGCCCGUGCCCCGGAAGGUGAGGGCUGCCCCAGGUGCGGUGGCUAUGUGUAUGCCGCCGAACAGAUGUUGGCCCGCGGACGCAGCUGGCACAAGGAGUGCUUCAAGUGCGGCACCUGCAAGAAGGGUCUGGACUCGAUUCUGUGCUGCGAGGCCCCCGACAAGAACAUCUACUGCAAGGGCUGCUACGCCAAGAAGUUCGGCCCGAAGGGCUAUGGUUAUGGCCAGGGUGGUGGUGCUCUGCAGUCCGACUGCUAUGCCCACGAUGACGGAGCACCCCAGAUCCGUGCGGCCAUCGAUGUGGAUAAGAUCCAGGCUCGUCCCGGUGAGGGCUGCCCUCGCUGCGGUGGCGUUGUCUACGACGCCGAGAAGAAGCUGUCCAAGGGCCGCGAGUGGCACAAGAAGUGCUUCAACUGCAAGGAUUGCCACAAGACGCUGGACUCGAUCAAUGCCAGCGAUGGCCCCGAUCGCGACGUUUACUGCCGCACCUGCUACGGCAAGAAGUGGGGUCCCCACGGAUAUGGCUUUGCAUGCGGCUCCGGCUUUCUGCAGACUGACGGCCUGACCGAGGACCAGAUCAGCGCCAACAGGCCCUUCUACAACCCGGACACCACCUCGAUCAAGGCACGCGAGGGUGAGGGCUGCCCCAGGUGCGGUGGAGCCGUAUUCGCCGCCGAGCAACAGCUGUCCAAGGGCAAGGUGUGGCACAAGAAGUGCUACAACUGCGCCGAUUGCCACCGCCCGCUGGACUCUGUGCUGGCCUGCGACGGACCUGAUGGAGACAUCCAUUGCCGCGCCUGCUACGGCAAGCUGUUCGGACCCAAGGGCUUUGGCUACGGCCAUGCCCCCACUCUGGUGUCCACCAGUGGCGAGAGCACCAUCCAGUUCCCCGAUGGCCGUCCGCUGGCCGGACCUAAAACAUCUGGCGGAUGUCCCCGCUGCGGAUUCGCCGUCUUUGCCGCCGAGCAGAUGAUCAGCAAGACCCGGAUUUGGCACAAGAGAUGCUUCUACUGCUCGGACUGCCGGAAAUCGCUGGACUCAACGAAUCUGAACGACGGCCCCGAUGGCGACAUCUACUGCCGGGCCUGCUAUGGCCGCAACUUCGGGCCCAAGGGUGUGGGCUACGGUCUGGGCGCGGGCGCUUUGACAACGUUCUAAACGAGUUUACUUAUAUUUACACCUAUUCGAACCCCACAUCCAUGUCUGUGAACCGUUCCGAUACUUCUGUCUAAUGACCUAUCUGUCUUAACACUAACUAUCCCAGAAAUUAGCUAACUUAGUCUUCGUUUGCUUCCAACGAUUUUUGAUCAACGAAAACCAUUUUUCUUUAGGUUAUGUGAGAAUAUAAGCUUAAUAUGAAACAAGAAAAAAAACAAGAAAGAAUAAUAAAAAAAAAUUAAAACUUUAAACUGAAAAAGUUAAACCAAAAGAACUUACGACUCAAAGCGAAAGCGACACUAACCAUCGAACAACAAAGACUAACGACCCUAACUACAUAAACGACGUUAAACACAACGAGAAAGGCUAACUAUCUGCAGGUAGUACAGUCACUGCAACGAGAAAGACUCUAACUUUCUGGCAGGUACAGUCACCGCAAGAGGCGGCGUCUGGGAAAUAACGAUGGAAACGAAGCAAACUACUGCGAGCCAAAGUCGUUUAUUACUUUUUUUUAUCACUAUUUAAUUUCGAUGACCAGAGCCAAGUAUGUCUUAAUGCUCCAAACCGACAAAAAUCCCCAAGAAGCAUACUGUGUGCGGAAAUGUUGACAAAUUUUAUAUACACUAUACGCGAUGAACUAUGAACGAUGAUGAAUGAUAUGAUAUGAUGUUGUAUACUCUUAGCUGACUUAGUUCUUACGAUAUAUACCUACGAAACUCUUGAUUAUUUAUAACGUAUUUAUCAUCACUCUCUAAUCUUGCUUGCAUUCUGAUUUGGAUAUAUAAACUAUGAUAUAUAUAUCAGCAUACAUACACGCAUAACAUCCAAUAAUAUAAUAUAUGCCCCAGUGGGUUCCAUGAAAACAAAA